GCCGAGCGUCGCAAUUUGUACCAUGGGAGGCGCCAUUCGGAAUAUACGGCGUAUGCGUGCUAUCGAUUUGCACCGCGCACACCGACUACCAUACAUUCAUGCAACCACGUAACAUUCGGCAAAAGCCAUCGUCCAUCCAAGGAGCGAAGAGGUCGCACCGCCAUCUCUCCCUCUCAGCAUUACAGAAUUGCGCGUCUCCCGCGUAACCAACACAAACUGAACGUAAAACAAACAGCAACAAAUUCAAAAACAAACAAACAACAACAACAAAAAAAACUAUCAACAAAGUUUACAUGAGUGCAAGUGCGGCGUGAGUGCGUGAUGUGCGUGAAGAAGUUGAUGCCUGAGGAGAUGCUGCGCCGACCGAGACCUUCGCUCCUUGAAGAGGAGUCCACCUGAAAAGCAUCAGGCAAUCUCGCGGCGGCGGCGGUGGAGGCGGCAUUUCCAAAGAGAUCCUGAGUGAGGAUCCAAUGCGAAGUUGAUUUCCGUGAGGUCAUGUUAUUGUUGUUGCUUUUGGAGGUGAUCGGAGAUUCGAAGUGAAAGAUGUGCCCGAAAGCGGAAACCCGAAGGACUUUUCCAAAGACGCCUCACCUGGAUAUACUAUGGUUGCCGAGGAUUGCGAUGAGAUCAGUGGAGAACGAUCCUGCCGACUGCGUGGUGGUGGUCGGCGUGUCACGGCCGAAGAUGGCAUUUGCUAUCCUCGCCGUGAUGAUCUUGUCCUUAUGCCUGACCUUUCACAUGAUUUACGACAGCGCCAUUAACAGUCUGCAAAGGGCCGGCAACGCGGACCACAACAACAGGCCAUCACUCUUCCUCCUCUCCAGGCGACUCUAUCCUUCGGCAGGACGAAAACUGCCGCAAGCAAUAAUAAUCGGUGUGAGGAAAUGCGGAACGAGGGCGCUCCUUGAGAUGUUAAAUUUGCAUCCGCGCGUGCAGAAAGCAGCAGGGGAGGUGCAUUUCUUCGACAGGGAUGAGAACUACAACAAGGGUUUGGAAUGGUAUCGCAUGAAGAUGCCCCAUUCCUAUUCCGGUCAAGUCACCAUCGAGAAGAGUCCCAGCUACUUCGUAACACCAGAGGUAUUUCCGAUAAAAAAUUUACACUUCUCGUCUCAUCCAUAUUCACACCUUUGCAAGAUGAUCAUGAUGAUGAUGGUGAUACGGUUACUAAUAUAUUCCACGAAUUAAUAAACGCGAGAUGGA